GUAACCAACUUCUUUGGUGUUGUACUUUUACUUUGUAUUACUUGAAAAGAUGGAUUUUAAAACAAUAAUUUUGACUAGAACCGCCUUGCUUUGCAUUAUUAUUAUAGCGCAUGCAGCUGAACCUACUGGUGCGGACAGUGGCAUAAGUGGAUCACGUCCAGAACCAUAUUUACAACCAGUUCCACUCCAAGCUCUACCACCAGGAGCAGUAAUACCAACACCACUCCCACCAACACCACCGCCACCACCUCCACCACCCCAACAACCAAGACCGAACAACUAACGAAAGUGAAAUUUACCUACAAACCUGCAGUAUCUAAGAGCUGUGUCACAUUCCGAAAAUACAUAUUAUGCUUACUUAUAUAAUGUGUAUAUUUUAAAAU